UAGUGUACCGGUUAAAUCAUUAACAUGAACGAAAUAAACUCCAUUUCAACUAGCAUUUUAUUCUGUCAAGCAAAAAAAAUAAUUUCGUCGAAUUAAAUAAUUUAGGAUAAGGUUAAACUCGCUUCAUAUUUUUUUUUCAAAGUUAGCUAAAAUUGCUUUAGUUUUAUAUAAAACUAGUUAGAGAAAAAACGUAUUGUACAGUUACUUCUGCGAUGCACACGACCUUUCAAGAUCUCUUUCUCUCCAUUUGCGAAGUUGAGAGCUUCUUAUGUUGUUAUUUUGUUAGAUUACUCUUUCCAGUUCAGCCCGCGGCGGCAGGUAACGCUAAAUGACUGUUUUUUUUUUAUUUCCUUCUUGUGGCGCAUACCAGCUAGCCACGAGUGUGUAGGAAUGAGGUACACGGCAAGCAAAAAACAACGCUUGCCUGUCUUCUGCUCGCUUUCCGCUUUCAGCUUCACACGAUUUUGAGCCCGACCAGUUUAGGUUCGUACUUUGCCUAAGCCACAUGUUCGCGGGCUCGAAACACCGUGGUCGCGAUUGAUCCCAUGCACGCGCGCGUGAAAGUGAUCGGGCAAUAAUGUAGACUCAUUUUGAUGGCCAUGUCCUCCAGCCAACUAGAACUACAUUCGUUUCAUCGAGAACUCGAAGAUGUUAUAUAAAGCAAAAAAUUGAAUUUAUUGUGUGAUUAUUGUUGCUCUUUGUUUGUGGUUUCGAAGUAGAACACUGUUUGCUAAAUUGAUAUUCGAUACUUGGCUCGUGCAAGUGAACGUGUUUAUUGCAUUCAAAAAAUUUAUGGAAACUCGAUCAUGUAGAAUUCGAUCAGUAUAAACAGAGCUGAUCGACCGACGAGGAAAACAGUGACCUAAUUGAGCAAAAAAGAAAUGAAAACGAGUUGCUGAAGUUAACUUUGUUCACUUCUCAUAGAAAGCAAGAGAAGUUUCCCACAAAAUAAUCAUUACACCAUUGUCAUUACUGCCAUCAUCGUAUUCAUCAUCAACGUGACCCGUUACAUAAAGUGUGCGUGAAAGUUAUCCGUACCACAUCGCCAGACCAGAAAACAACCAAGUUAUUCUUCAGCUCCGUUCGUCGCUUGUAAUACAUGUGCAAAACUAGUGAUUCUUUUGAAUGCCGCUAAAACGCGGACCGCGGGUACCAGCAGCAACAACAAACUGCAAUAGGCUCAUCAAAACAGCUGCGCCCUUGUUGAUUUGAACGUGAAAUCUAAACCAGCAAUAUACCGAAAAUAGUGCCCAGUGCACACUAUUGCUUCAAUCUUGUUCACUACGAACAAUCGUAAUAAACGAAAUGGUGUCGUAACGGCGUUUUGCUUCUUGCCAGUCGCAAUACCUUUUCUCUAGUCGGAGGCAAUCAAUAUCGGCAAAGUGCCAGUAAUCAAAGCGGGACCAGUCACGGCAAUCCGCAUUGAAAAUGAGAGUCGGGGAAGACGAUGUACCCAGCUUGGAGUACAUAGAGGAUCCGUACAUUCCAAAACUAGACAGCUGUGUGACCCCUUCCCUGGAUGACGUCAACGAAUACAAUGUGGACGAGUUGGGCGACGAGCAGAACUGGCCCGAGGAAACCGAGCUCUAUCUGCGUUCGCUGACGCUGGAUCAGAUUCUUGGCCUAUCGUCCGACGAAGAUGCAGAUCCUGAUCUGGAAAUGCAAACAGUGGAAACGGAGUUCCACCCGCCUCUUCCUGUAGAUUGUUUGACCUCGCGACAAUCGACUGGAGCUAGGAAAAUUAUGGAACACAUCCUGGCACACAGAUUGCUAAACGGCAGCUCCAGUAGGUUCAACCUGUUUAGCAGGAAACAAAUACGGGAUGUGCGAGUAACUUUCAUCGACUUCUCGAAACCAUACCUCGCCCGUAUGUCCAGUGGGGACAACUACAAAAGCUUCCUCAACAUUGGGAGUGCCGUAGACAAUUCUGGUAAAUUGUCCGAUGCAUCUCCCGUUGGUUCGGUGAGCUCUGUCGAGAUCGCCCAGGAAUUCUCCGGUUUGACCUCGGAAGAACAGGAUGCUCAACGUGCCGAGUGGAGUCAGGAACUAGCCCGAGUUGAGGAAGAAAUCACUACACUUCGUACCGUUCUGCAAUCCAAGAUUCGGCUCGCAAGUGAACUAAAGCGCAAGCUGGGUAUCACUGUGUGGAAGGAAAUCACCGACGACGUUAGUCAGGGAUUCAAAAAUGUCAAGGAAAGUACUGUUUAUCACACUGUCGAGUCCAAGGUCGGCGAGAUUACAACGGCUGUUACAAGUGCCCCGAUCUACCAGAAGACCGAGACGGCCCUCAAGACAACAGCCGGUAAGACAACGUCCGUACUGGGAGGAAUCACCACUAAGAUGACACAGAAACUCUCGGAAAUGAAACAAUCGGACUCCUACCGAUCGUUCGAGGAGAAGGUUGGGUCGGCCUACGAGAACGUUAGGUCCAAGGUAUCCUCGCGGUCCAGCUCGAUCCAGAGUCUGUCGGAUCUGCAGAACGACGAACGUCGUAGCUCGAUCACGACACCAACGGCCAUUCCGGAGGAGAAAAUCGUUCCUUAAUAACCCACUUCAGCCUGUUUCGUAUCGCCCGCCACUAAUCGGCUGCAGAGUAAACACUUCAUGAUGUGAAAGUUUUUUGUUUUAUUCUGGGCUGCAAGUUUGAUAGGGAUUAUACCCAAACUUAGGAGAUAAAUUAACAUGAUGCAACUGUUGAAUGCUAUGUAUACUGUAGAACCUGCUGUAACUGUUUCUAAGAUCAAUAAAUUAUGCAAUCGAAGAUAUUUUUUCCGCAGUGUACGCCGACUCUUGUAUCUUUAGUACCGUUUGGCUAGUAAGAUUUAGCGUAUAUACAGGAAGAAGUAGCCCUUUUUCGACACGAGUACUCUAAUGAGAAUCGUUUGUUCUUAUCCGCCCACAUUGCUGCAAAACAGUCCACUUCACAGUACCAUCGGAAAUCAGACAGAACAUAAAAACAAGAUAUUUUAUACUUUAGAAGAAAAAACUAAAUACAAUAAAACUUAAUGUGCCUAA